AUGGCCGGUCCCGCGGCCUCCUCCUCGGCCGCCUCCCACGAGUGGGACGCCUGCCGCCGCGACGCCCGCAAGCUGGAGGGCGAGGUGGACAUGAAGCUGGGGGCGUACGCCAAGCUGUGCGCCACCUUCGACGGGUCACCCGCAGCCCACGGCCCACACGGAGGGCCGUCCACGGACCAGCUGCUCAGGGCCAAGGCGUCGGAAAUCGAAUCCCUGCUUCAGCGGCUCUCGGACGUCAACGAGAGGAUGGGAGGAUCGGUGCCAAGCGGCGACCACGGGCGGCUUCACACGCUCGCCAGGCACAGGGACAUUUUGCAGGAUUACGGGCAGGAGGUGCGCAGGCUGAACGCGUCAGUGGGGGCCGCCAGGGACAGGGCGGAGCUGAUGGCGAGGUCCGAGGAGGGGGCCCCCCACGUGAGCGUCCAGGUGCAGGGGGCGCUGCUGAGGGAGCGGAACACGAUCGCGUCGUCGACUGCGGCGAUUGACGAGGUGAUUGGGUCGGCGCACGCGGUGGAGGCGGAGCUGAAGGACCAGCGGCGGGUGUUCGAGGGGAUCGGGGACAGGCUGUACGCGCUGGGCUCGCGCUUCCCAGUGGUGAACGGCCUGCUGAGGGCCAUAGCGCGUAGGAAGUCCAGGGACACCAUCGUGCUGUCAGUGGUCGUGUCCGCGUGCAUCCUGGUGCUGCUGGUGUUCCUGUGGCGGCGGUGA